AUGCCCUCUGCAUUGUCUUCUUUCCCAGCGCGUGUGACGCUACUCGCUCUCUUCUCCGCCACAACCUUCUACUUCCUCUACAAGUCUCGCCGCUUGCGCCACCUCAAAACCCUCACUCUCUCUUCAAAACACACUACACGUGGCAAAAUCCUAUUCGUUUCACAAACCGGAACUUCCAAAAACCUAGCACAGCGCCUCCACAAUCUCUUAGCCUCAAACGGCGUCGUUUUCGACCUCGUAGAUGCUCAGAGCUACGAGCCCGAAGACUUACCGAAAGAAACCCUAGUUCUCAUCGUUGCUUCGACUUGGGAAGAUGGGAAUCCACCUUCCGGAGCACGGUUUUUUGCCACGUGGCUCGCGGAGAGCGUGAAGGAUUUUAGGGUUGGGGCGUUGCUUCUGAAGGGUUGUAGGUUCGGGGUGUUUGGUGUGGGGAGCAGGGCUUAUGGAGAGAGGUUCAAUGCUGUGGCUAAGGGUUUUGUGAAGCAGAUUAGGGAUUUGGGUGGGAGUGAGGUUGUGCCAUUAGGGGAAGGUGAUGUUGAUGGUGGUGAAUUGGAUUUGGAUUUUGAGAAGUGGUGUGAGAAGGUUGUUGGUUUUUUGAAAGGCAAGGUUUUGGAAAAUGGGGCUAAUGGUAAUUUGGAGUGUGGGGUUUAUGAUUCUGAGGAGGAAUCUGAAGGAGAGAGUGAUUUGGAGGAAGAGGAAAUUGUUGAUCUUGAGGACAUUGCUGGGAAGGUGCCACCAAGGAAGAAGACGGCAGCGCAGCUGAGAGUAAUGGUAAUGGAAGUGGAAAAGUGA